GGCCGGGCGAAAACUCGUUCCUGCGCUCAGUCGGUCGCUCGCUCGCCUUCCCGAAGGGAAUGCUUAACUUGGAGCCGGAGGAACGAGUUGCCCUUAUCGGCAGCUGCCGGGCAGGAACGGCUGGCUUCUUCCUUCUCCGAAGCACCCCUGAGAAGAGCCGCUAUGCCUUAAAAGGGGGUGUGUGCUGAGGGAUUAGGCGAUAAAACGAGGCGCAUGGGAGGGAGGCACCAUGAGUACAGCCGAAAUUAAGAAGCCACCAGUGGCCCCAAAACCAACAUUUGUGGUAGGGCACAAAACAGUGCCACCUCCUGUAGCACCAAAGCCAGAUAUUCUUCUUGCUGAUGUUUUACAAACUGUGAAGAAAACAAAGCCAGCGAUAGCACCGAAACCAAAGAUUCUCAAGUGCUCAUCUGUUCCUGAAGUUAACACUAUACAACCAUCUUUAAGAAAAAAUUCAAGGAGUUUAGAAGACCCAAAAAAAGAUUCUUCUGAGUUCUUGCUUCAAUUGAAUUACAAAAAUGGAACACCAAGAGACAAUGCUGCUUAUAUUAUAUCAGUUUGUUCUUGCAAAUUUGAAUGUGUUCAUAAAUUUGGGAAUGGGGAGAACUUGUACAAAAAUCCAACCAUUUUUGAACAGUUGGAAAACCUAGAGAACAUCGGUACAGAUGAACAAUCAGCAUCCUCAUCUCUGAAAACUAGGACUGAGUCUGAUAUUCAUAAUAGGAAAAAAAUGAAUAAAAAUAGGGCAGUCUUAAAUACUAAUUUACUAGAGGAAAAAUUCAAAGGUGUUUUGACACAAAGUAUUUUCCCCAAUAGUAGCCAUUUGAAGCAGAAACCUUUGAAUAAACUUGAAAUGGGUAAUUUUAAUAGUUUUAAUGAUUAUGUAAAUGUAGAAUUAACAGAUUUUGUUCCAGUGGCUUCCAGUCCUGAGGAAGUUAUGGACUGUCCAAACAACCAUAUAAAAAUAGCUUGUGUUGAAUCUGAGAGAGCAGAAAUACCUCCUUUGACUGAAAAUAUCAGUAGUUGCUCCUGUUCUCUUGACACAGCUCUGGAGAAAACAGAUAAUAUUGAAUCACACAUGAGCACCUCUACAAAAGGGGGAAAUGAAUCAUUCCCUUCAUCUGGAACAGACUCUGCAACUUCAUCUAAAUCUCUUCCAGUUCCUAAGCCAAGAAAACUGCGUGCUUCAGGUCUAGUCCGCCAAGAUGGCAUAGAUAUCCCAGGGGAAAGAAUAAAAGAAACAUUUGCUUCAGAGUGUGAGACUAUGGGGUUUUCUGACUGUGCUGUGGGAAAAACAACAAAAAUUAAUGUCCUUGUUCAGAGUGUUUCCUACAACAAUCAAGAACAUACACCUGAAAGCAAUAAAUCUAAAAUUGCUUCAUGUGUUGCAGGAAAAAUGUAUCUGGUUGCUGGAUCUUUAGAAUCUGAUUCCAAAGAAAUGACCCCUCAAAACUUCCUGCCUGGAGGCUCGCACCAAGGAAAAAAUGUUGAACAUUCCUCUGACCUUUAUUCAACAAAUUCUUCCAAUAACCUAGGAGAGAGUAACAGUAUGUUGGCAGUUAAUGACAAAAAUGCCAGCUUUAUAAGGAGUAGUAAUCUUUCCAAGAGUUUGCCUAAGCAGUUAAAGUUGUCGUGCAGUCAGGAUUUGCCUGCUUUUGAGAACCUCCAUAAUUCUGCGCAAGAAAAGGAAAAUAAAAAUGAUCACUUAAAGAGUGAAAGUUCAACAAAAAUAAUUCCUAAAAAACCUCAAAGGCAAUGCAUCCCAGGUACUGGGCUGUUGAAAAAAGCUGCAUCUGAGGAAUUACUAGAGAGAAGUACUUACCUUUCCAAUGAAGAACAUUCACAGACUCCUCUGGAGGGACCACGUAUACGGCAUUUGUCAGCCAAAGAACAAAGUUCAUUGCUAUCCCAAAAUUUACCAAAGUUUUCUUUGGAGAAACGUGCUUGGAAAUUACCUCAUCCUAUUCUUCCAUUUCCAGGCAAUCCAGAAGCCUUAAAAAACACCAAGAAUGCAAAAAACUCUGAAUUUAGGAGUCCCUUGACAAAACCUCGGGCCAAAUCCUUGUCUUCUGUUGAUAUGGAUAGAAUACAAAAGCCCCCAAAAGAGCCUCCAAAGAAGAAUUCACUAAAGAAGUUUCUAAACAUUAAAUUGUCUAUUUGCCUGAUGAAAAGUGAUUUCCAGAAAUUUCUGAUCAAGAGCAGCCAAUCUACAGAUAAUACCACUGUUGCUUUCUCUCACCAGGAAGAGCUUGGCAAAAAUUGUAAUGUGACUAACAUGAUAAACAGAAGAAAGACUAAACCUGCCAAGGCACAUUCUGCAGAAGUGGGUAGUCUGUCCUUACAAAAGGGAAAAGAAAAAUCUAGAAAUCAAGAUGAUGCGACAAAGAGUCAGAGAUCAAAAUCUUUAGAUGAACAGACUUUCUCAUCACAAAGAUACUUGAGUUCUCUUACUCAUGACUAUGUACCAGAAUAUGAAAAUGUGAGCCAUUAUGAAGAAAUCCCAGAGUAUGAGAACUUGCCCUUUGCAUCUGCUGAUAAAAAAACAUGUUAUGAAUCGCACAAUUCUAAAAUUCUUGAAGACCAUGAAGCUAAUGUGUAUGAAGUAGAAGAGUUAUAUGAACCUACAAGAAUCUGUUCCAAGUUUGGCAGGUCUUUAGCUGAAGAUUUUGGUGGUUCUGAUUUGGUGCUAGAAGAUGCGCAUUCGGAUGACGAGCUGAUACUGAGAGAUGUGAGCAGCUCUGAUGAAGAUGCAGAUACUAAUUCAGACUCCAGCAAAGGGGAGCUUGAUACACAAGAAAACGAACAGAUUAACACAGCUGGGAAGAAAACAAAGGUUUACCAUAUUGCUAAAGAAAUCAUGAGCUCAGAGAAAGUGUUCGUCGAUGUGUUAAAACUGCUGCACAUUGAUUUCCGAGAUGCAGUCACACAUGCUUCCAGGCAGCUUGGAAAGCCUGUAAUUGAGGACAGAAUCCUGAAUCAGAUCCUGUAUUACUUACCUCAGCUGUAUGAGCUUAAUCGGGACCUCUUGAGAGAGCUAGAAGAACGUCUGUCUCACUGGAUUGACAAUGAAAGAAUUGCUGAUAUAUUUCUGAAGAAAGGACAUUACUUAAAAAUGUAUUCAACUUACAUCAAAGAAUUUGAUAGGAAUGUGACCCUGCUGGACGAGCAGUGUAGGAAGAACCCAGGAUUUGCUGCUGUUGUGCGGGAUUUUGAGAUGAGCCCUCGCUGUGCUAAUUUGGCACUCAAGCACUAUUUGCUGAAGCCUGUUCAGAGAAUCCCACAGUACAGGUUGCUUUUGACAGAUUAUUUAAAGAACCUUUCAGAAGAUUCAGCUGACUUCAGAGAUACUAAAGAUGCACUUGCUGUUGUCAUAGAGGUGGCCAACCAUGCUAAUGACAUUAUGAAACAGGGCGAUAACUUUCAGAAGCUUAUGCAAAUACAAUACAGUUUAAAUGGCCAUUGUGAGAUUGUGCAGCCAGGAAGGGUCUUUUUGAAAGAAGGAACACUGAUGAAACUGUCCAGAAAAGUUAUGCAGCCACGAAUGUUUUUUUUGUUUAAUGAUGCUCUGUUAUAUACAACUCCUAUGCAAUCUGGAGUGUAUAAACUCAACAACAUGCUGUCACUGGCGGGAAUGAAAGUUAGAAAACCCAUCCAUGAAGCUUACCAGAAUGAACUGAACAUUGAAAGUGUAGAGCGGUCCUUCAUUCUGUCAGCAAACUCUGCCACUGAAAGAGAUGAAUGGUUAGAAGCCAUCUCCAGAUCAAUUGAAGACUAUACAAAGAAAAGGAUCACUUUUAACCCUAGUAAAAGUCUAGAAGAGGGAGAUCUAGAGAAAGAGGAAGAAGCUAGUCCAAUAGGAUCAAAAGCUCCAAUCUGGAUUCCUGAUACAAGAGCAACCAUGUGUAUGAUCUGUACUAGUGAGUUCACACUGACAUGGAGAAGGCACCACUGCAGAGCAUGUGGAAAGAUUAUCUGCCAGGCUUGUUCAUCAAACAAACAUAAGUUAGACUAUAUGAAAAAUAAUCCUGCAAGAGUAUGUGAUCUUUGUUUUAAAGAACUACAAAAACAGGAUAAUUUGUGUACUUCUCCUAAGAACGGGUCUCCUGUAAGCCACAGAUCUCCAUCUAAUGCCUUGUCCACAGUGUUGCAUAGUAUCCCAUCAGGACGAAAGCAGAAAAAGAUCCCAGCUGCUCUCAAAGAAGUAUCAGCAAGUAUAGAAGAUUCUUCUAUGAGUGGUUAUUUAUACAGAUCCAAGGGCAACAAAAAGCCAUGGAAACAUCUGUGGUUUGUAAUAAAAAAUAAGGUGCUGUACACAUAUGCUGCAAGUGAGGACGUAGCUGCUUUGGAGAGCCAACCUUUAUUGGGAUUUACAGUUGCUGAAGUCAAAGAUGAACACUUAGAACCAAAAGUUUUUCAUUUGAUGCACAAAAAUACAUUGUUUUACAUAUUUAAAGCAGAUGACGCCCAUUCAAUGCAAAAGUGGAUAGAAGCUUUUCAGGAAGCCACAAUAUUGUAGCUUGGUUGGUGUUGUCUUUUGUCAGAAGACAGAAGUGAAUACUUUUAAUUUUUUUCUUUCAGAAUUUGUCAGACUUUAACCUGAACAAAGCUGGCUGAUACAGGAGCUAGAAAAUCUUGCUGAUUAUGCUCACCAUAAUAAUGGUUAAAGAAAUCUGUAUAUUUGUCUUUUUGUCAUACAAAAGGUGUUAUUUAUUAAAUUCCAUCACUGUUUUAA